CAAAAUGGAAAUUUUAAGGAUUUAAAGACUUUUACAACAGAAAUUUUACAUCGAAAAAAUUUGUCACUAGCUGCGAGGUAGCUGUCAUUUGGAAACCAUGAAACCGCUGUCUGCAUAACCUGCUUUCUAUUAUUUAUACGUUCUGCUCUUUUACAUUGUCAUCUUUAAAUCUUCAUAUUGGUUAGUUUGUUUAAUUUUCACACUUAUUCGAUACCAGAAUUUACAACUUUAACUUCCUUUUGGUUCUAUGCUCGUUCAGUCGUUUCGUUUGGCAUCAGUUUUCUCAAAGUGUUGAUCAAAUUUUUUUUUUGUUUUCAGUAAGGCUCUGUUCUUAAGGAUUUGCUUCCGUUUGUAUUUUUGGUCAUAAACACUGUUAUUUGUAAUCAGAAUUUAGAACUUUGAUUCUCAGCUUGUUCGGCAUCAGUUUUUUUUUUUUACAAGUUGGGCUUGGAAGAAAAUCCCAGCUGAUCAAUGUUUUUCCUUUGAUACUUGAGGAGGAGUCGUUUCGUUUGGCAUCAGCUUUCUCAAAGUGUUGAUCAAUGUUUUUUUUUUUAAAGUGAGGCUCUGUUCUUAAGGUUUGCUUCCGUUGUUAUUAUUUUUGGUCAUAACCACUGUUAUUUGUAAGACUACUUGUUCGGCAUCAUUUUUUUUUCAAAAGUUUGGCUUGUAAGAAACUCCCAGCUGAUUUCUUUUGAUACUUGAGGAGGAGUGAGUGUUCUGUUGCUAAGGAGUUGCUUCAUCCCCGGUUGUUUUAUAGUUUGCUCUGCUUCACUAAUUUUUUCCUUUUAAAAAGAGAAAAAAAAAUGGAGGUUCUUAUUUCUAUUGUUGGCUCUCUUGCUACUAAAGCGGCCGAGUACACAGUUGAUCCCAUUGCACGACAAGUUAGUUACUUGUUCAAGCAUGAGAGCAAGUUUCAAAACCUCAAGAAUCAACUUCAAAAACUGAAAGAUGCCCGAGAAAUAGUGCAGCAUUCGGUUGAUGAGGCUAACAGGAACGCAGAACAGAUUUUUCCUUGUGUUAAUAGGUGGUUGACUACGGUCAAUGAGAAGAUCUCUGACCAGGCUGCAACACAAUUGAAGGAGGAUGAAGAGAAAGCCAAGAAGCGGUGUUUCGCUGAGUUAUGUCCAAAUUUCAAGUCUCGUUACCAGCUUAGCAAGAAAAUGGAGAAGGAGGUCAACACCAUUGCUCAACUCUUGAAUCAAAAAGACGAAUUUAAUGGUAGAGUUUCAGACCGUCCUGCUCCAAAAGAAAUAGCUACUAGACCUGUCAAAGACUACAAGGCCUUUGAGUCAAGAAGCGGUGUUUUAAAUGGGUUGAUGGAGGCAUUGGAAGAUGAUAAUUUCAACAUAAUUGGAGUGCACGGGAUGGGUGGUGUGGGCAAGACCACACUUGUCAAAGAGGUUGCCAGACAAGCCAAGGAGAAGCAGUUGCUUGAUGAAGUGGUCUUGGUUGCUGUAACACAAACUCCAAACACCGUAAAUAUUCAAAACGAGAUUGCCGAGAAGUUAGGCUUGAAAUUUGAUGAGACAAGCGUGGACGUAAGAGCAACUCGACUACGUGACAGAUUAAAGAACGCCAAUAAGGUUCUUGUAAUUUUGGAUGAUAUUUGGGUGCCACUGAACUUGGAGGAACUUGGAAUUCCUUCUAGAGACGAACACAAGGGAUGCAAGAUCUUGAUGACGUCCAGGAACCUCGAUGUCUUAGAAAGGAUGGACUCUCUGAAAAAUCUUCCGAUUGAUGUAUUGAAAGAAGAUGAACCGUGGAAACUGUUUGAGAACAUGGCUGGUGAUAUUGUUGAAAGAUCUGACUUGAAAUCUACGGCAAUUGAGGUCUCCCAAAAAUGUGCCGGAUUGCCAAUCGCUAUUGCAACGGUUGCGAAGGCUUUGAAGCACAAGGAGAACUUGUUUGAGUGGCAGAAUGCUUUGGAGCAACUAAAAAGACCCACCGAAGUAAACAUCGGAGGGAUAACAAGUGAUGUUUAUUCGGCUAUAAAGUUGAGUUACAACUUUUUGGAAAAUGAGGAAGUCAAGCCGACUUUCUUACUAUGCAGUAUAAUGGGUCAUAAUGCUGCCAUCGAGGACUUGUUGAGAUAUUGCAGGGGCUUGGGUUUAUUCCGUGGCCUUAACACAAUAGAAAAAGUACGAAAUAAAGUAUUAACACUGGUUAGUGAGCUCAAAUACUCUUCUUUGUUACUUGCUAGUUUUACCCCUGAGUACUUUGAUAUGCAUGAUGUUGUUUGUGAUGUUGCAAUAUCAAUUGCUUCAAGGGACCAUCAGUGGCUUACUUUAAGAGAGGAAGAUGUAUUCGAAGAGUGGUCAGAUAACGAAACAGUGAGAAAUUUCAAUGCCAUUAUCUUACGGUAUGCUAAGGUUAGUGAGCUUCCUGAUGAGUUAGAAUGUCCAAAUCUUACCUUUUUCUCGCUGGGUGGUCAGGAUUCUGUUUUGAAAUUUCCUACUGAGGAUUCUUCUUUGAAAAUUCCUAACAAUUUUUUCAAGCAAAUGCAGAGACUUAAAGUCUUAAAUUUUGCUGAAAUGCAUUUUUCGUCCUUGCCUUCCUCAGUUGGUUCCUUAAAAACUCUUUGUACAUUGUGUUUCUUAGGUUGUGUUUUAGAAGAUAUAGCCAUCAUUGGGGAGUUAAAAAAUUUAGAAAUCCUUGACCUCCGUAGAUCUACUUUUGCAAUGCUGCCGGAGAAAAUAGGACAACUGACCAAGCUAAAAUUGCUAGAUUUGAGUGGUUGUUACAGUCUUGAAGUAAUAUCCCCAAAUGUCUUAGCAGGUUUAUCUAGAUUAGAAGAACUAUACCUAUAUGAUAGCUUUGAUAGAUGGGAUGUUAAAGGACACGACAAUUCAAGAAGCAAUGCUAGCCUUGUUGAGUUGCAGCAUUUGUCUCAUCUGACCACUCUGGAAGUACAUAUUCCUAAUGAGCAAGCUUUGCCAAAAGAUAACUUGUUUUUUGAAAAGUUGAAAAGAUACAAGAUUUCCAUUGGGGAUAAAUGGACGUGGUACGAAUACUAUAAGAUGGAAACGUCAAGAAUGUUGAAGCUCAAGAUGAAUGAAAGUAUUCAUUUGUAUGAAGGGGUUAAAAAGUUGUUGAGCGAAACUGAAAAUCUAUGGCUAGAUGAUGUGAAAAAUGUUAUGGACGUGCUUUAUGACCCAAAUACUGAAGGUUUACCACAUUUAAAGCAUCUUUGUGUUCGGAAUGUUUCAGCCAUGAAGUUAAUAGCUUGUAAAGAAUUUCCUCUUUUGGAGUCAUUGUCUCUAUGCAAUUUGGUCAAUUUAGAGGCAAUAUGUUACGGUCAACUGAAAGCUGGAUCUUUUGGACAACUAAGAGUCAUAAAAGUUGAGAGGUGCAACGUGUUGAAGAAUUUGUUCUCAUUCUCCACAGCCAGAGAGCUCCGCCAACUUCAAGAAAUUGAGGUUGUGUUCCCUGCCAUAAAGGAGUUGGAAUUAAGAUCAUUGAGUAGUAGUGAAAAACUAUGGGAUGAUCAGUUUCCAUCUGCUGUAAUGACUUUUCGUUUUCAAAAUUUAUCAAGCUUGGAAGUGACGAGCUGUCAUAAAUUGAAGUAUGCAUUUCCUUCCUCAAUAGUUAAAAGCUUUGUGCAGCUGAAAAUACUUUUUGUAAGAGAGUGUGAGGAUAUGGAAGAGGUAAUAGCAGUCAGUGCAGAAGAAGAAACGAAUAACAUAAUGGUCUUUCCUAAACUUAACUCCUUACAGCUCGGCGAUCUUCCCAAUCUCAAAAGAUUUUCCUGUGGAAUUAAUCCAAUUGAAUUUUCCAUUCUAAGGGAACUAGAGAUAAGGAAUUGUCCUCUUCCUAGCACAUUCUAUUGUGAUUCUAGUACAAGUGUUGGAAAGAACAGCAGCAGCAUCUCAAUGGAUCACAACCUUCAAGUUGAUGUAUCACAUUGUCUAUUCAAUGAUAAGGUGGCACUUCCUAUGCUACAGAGGUUGUCUAUUUCUUUCAUGGAAAACUUGGAAAGGCUAUGGCCUAACCAACUUGCUGAACAAUCCUUUCCCAAACUAAGUCACUUUUAUUUGGAAAGUUGUGAUAAGCUAGUGAAUGUUUUUCCGUCGAGUAUGUUGACAAGACUUGAAGGGCUUGAGGAACUAAUCAUAAAGAAUUGUGAAUUAGUGGAAGAAAUAUUUGAACCCCAACAAGCAGAUGGUUGUACUGCAAUUGCUACAUUUGAAUUUUCACGGCUGACGUCCUUGGAACUCACAACAUUGCCAAGACUGAAGAGUUUCUCUCAUAAAAUGUAUGCUCCAAAUUGUCCAUCAUUGAAAGAGAUGGAGGUGCGUGAAUGUCAAAAAGUGGAGAUAUUGUUUGGUUUUCGAGAAACAGAUGGAGCAAAGAGUGAACAUGAAUUAGUCCCAAUUCAACAGUCCCUAAUUUCGGUGAAUAAGGUGGGACUUCCUAUGCUACAGAGCUUGUCUAUUUCUUCUAUGAAAAACUUGGAAAGGCUAUGGCCUAACAAACUUGCUGAACGAUCUUUUUCCGAACUAAGUUACUUUGAAUUGACUGAUUGUGUUAAGCUAGUAAAUGUUUUUCCUUCGAGUAUGUUGACAAGACUUGAAAGGCUUGAGGAACUAAUCAUAAAGAAUUGUGAAUUAGUGGAAGAAAUAUUUGAACCCCAACAAGCAGAUGGUAGUACUGCAACUGCUCCAUUUGAAUUUCCACGGCUGACGUCCUUGGAACUUACAAGAUUGCCAAGACUGAAGAGUUUUUCUCAUAAAAUGUAUGCUCCAAAUUGUCCAUCAUUGAAAGAGAUGGAGGUGCGUGAAUGUCACAAAGUGGAGAUAUUGUUUGGUUUUCGAGAAACAGAUGGAGCAAAGAGUGAACAUGAAUUAGUCCCAAUUCAACAGUCCCUAAUUUCGGUGAAUAAGGUGGCACUUCCUAUGCUAAAGAGCUUGUCUAUUUCUUCCAUGAAAAACUUGGAAAGGCUAUGGCCUAACCAACUUGCUGAACAAUCCUUUCCUAAACUAAGUUACUUUGAUUUGAGAAGUUGUGAUAAGCUAGUGAAUGUUUUUCCUUCGAGUAUGUUGACAAGACUUGAAAGGCUUGAGGAACUAAUCAUAAGGGAUUGUGAAUUAGUGGAAGAAAUAUUUGAACCCCAACAAGCAGAUGGUAGUACUGCAACUGCUCCAUUUGAAUUUUCACGGCUGACGUCCUUGAAACUUACAAGAUUGCCAAGACUGAAGAGUUUCUCUCAUAAAAUGUAUGCUCUAAAUUGUCCAUCAUUGAAAGAGAUGGAGGUGCGUGAAUGUCACAAAGUGGAGAUAUUGUUUGGUUUUCGAGAAACAGAUGGAGCAAAGAGUGAACAUGAAUUAGUCCCAAUUCAACAGUCCCUAAUUUCGGUGAAUAAGUUUACGUUCCCAGCUCUACAACAACUUACUUUGGGAUGGAAUGAUGGGAUGAAGGAGAUAUGGCAUUGCUCUGCCCAACAACAACAACUACUUGCAUCCCACUACUUCUCCAAACUAAAAGUUGUCACACUUUGUGGCUUUCCUGAACAAUUAGCCAUAUUCCCAUCUUACUUGCUCCAGUUAUUAUCCUUUCCCAAUCUUGAAACGCUUGAAAUAAGGGAAGCUUACUUUAAAGAGAUAUUCCCAAGUGAUGGAGUUGGUGAGGAAAACCCUGCAUCUGCAUGGGUGCUACUCUCCCGGUUAACUGCAUUAAGGCUUGAUAAUCUUCAUGAAUUGAUGCAUCUAUGGAAGGAAAAGGAAGGAUUCCAAAAUCUAAGGAUUUUAAAUGUGGAACGGUGUCCCAAAUUAAAAAAUAAUUUAGUUCCAUCCACAGUUUCUUUCAAAAAUCUGGUGACUCUUGAAGUUGCAAGAUGUGAUGGAAUCAUAAAAUUAGUUGCAUAUUCCACAGCCAAAGGCCUAGUGCAGCUCAAAGAAAUGAAGAUACGGUCAUGCGAGAAUAUAGAAGAAAUAACACAAGGUAGUGGGGAUGAUGAAGAUGAAGCAAAGGAUGAAAUCAGUUUCCCCCAACUCAACCUUUUGGUAGUUAUUGGGCUACCAAAGCUAGAAAGCUUCUGCUCAUCAGGGAAUUAUACCUUUGGAUUCCCAUCCUUGGUAACUGUAAUUCUGCAAAAUUGCCCAAAGAUGAAGAUGUUCUCUCAAGGAGACUUAAACACACCAUUGUUGCACAAAGUGCAGCUACAACAAUGGGGAAAAAAAGAACGUUGGGAAGGCAACCUUAAUAGCACCGUACAACAACUGUUCAAAGAAAGGAAUGCUAUGGCGAGAGAAGAUGAAGAAUAUGAAGAUGAGAUUCUUGAAGAGCAUCAAGGCAAUCCUUCAACUUCCAACACCCAAGUAAGUCAAUAUCCUAUGAAUCUACCUUUCAUCUGAUAAUAGAAUGCUAUGGCGAGAGAAGAUGAAGAAUAUGAAGAUGAGAUUCUUGAAGAGCAUCAAGGCAAUCCUUCAACUUCCAACACCCAAGGAGAGUGUCAAAAUUCUAAUAUUAAUUGUUGUUGUUGCGGAAUUCUAUGAAUACCAUAGAGGAAGUGCAGAAUUACAUAGAAGAUCAAGGCAAUCCUUCAAAUUCUAACACCCAAUGACCCAACUUUACUAUUAUCCAGUCAGUGUAGUAAAAAAUUCUAAAGAGGAUCACCUAAUCCUUCAACCGCCAUGAAACGAAGUGAAAAUUCUUUAUAUGCAUCUUGAGACAGUCUAGCUUUUGUUCAUCUAAUGCAACUGGUUUUUAUGUCCUUUGAAGGUGCUUUCUUCAUCACAAAUUCAGAAGUACAAAUUCUUAUUCCUUAAAACAUUGUAUGUUCCAUUUGAUCAUCCAGUAAAUGGUCACAACUUCUUUCUUUAGGCUUUUAUGUUUAGCUAAUUAUAGCUUGCCGUACAUUAAUUUGAUCAACCUUUGAAAUGAUAGCAUAUGUACUAGGUACUUCUGUUUUUUAAAUGAUUUGGGUAUUGUGAAGUUAAGGAGGAUAACAUUCUGAAGUCAGGGAACAAGGAAAAUUUUCUUGAAGUAUCAAAAUGACAAGAUUUUUGAAGUUGAGGAUUACAUACUUAUUUUGAACUAGAGGAUGAGGAAACUUUUGAAAUGAUGAAUUUCAAGGAUUGCAAAGCUGAGGAUAUAAAGAAUUUUCCAAAGAAGAUCAACGAAACCCUUGUUUAAUUCUUCAUUUUCUAAUGAUGUAGUAAGUCAAAAUUUUACUUAUCUUUGGACAACAUGGCUCUUACACCAUUUUGACUCAAAUGCUUUAGACUUUGAGCUUUCCUUCACUAGAGGUAGUAUUGCGAUAAGGUGAUUUUUUUUAUUUUUUUUAUUUUUUUUUUGGUCUUAAGCUAACAAAUAGUGAUUGCUUUAUUUAAACAUCUUUUGAAGUAAAGGCACUUUGCAAGUAAAAUGUUUCAGAUAGUUGUUGUCUUUGUCACACUUAAACAAACCUGGGAAGCUACAACAUAUUUCAUGUUGAAACUUGAAAGAAAGCCUAAUUCAGAUUUAUUCAUUUCGACGAUAGGAAGCCCUUUUGUAGACCUGAAUUUGAGACUUGUUUGUUUACAGGUGAUUUUGCAACAUAGACCCAAUACCAAAUUCUGGAGGAUGGCUGUCACAUGGUCUGCACUGUGCCUACAACAGCUCAUGGAGGGGCGGUUUAUCCAUCCUGUUUAGAACAUGUUCCAUUUUACUCACAACCUUGUGCUGAAUUCCGUUCUGCCUCAGGUUAUUUCUGGCGGCCCUACUAUUUUGGUGGCACUAUUCAGAAGUAUGAUUAAUUUGAUAUUUUCAUAGUGAACAAGCGGAAUACUGGUAGGAGGAAAUUAGGUAGCGCAAAUGCCCCUCACAGUUUUCUCAUACGGUGAGGGCUUAAGGCCAAUCAAUCCCAAGGAUAUUGAGUGAAAGAAUGGCAAGAAUCCACUCUCCAUGGAAGGUGUCCUAAUAUUUCCCCCAUGUCAAGUUAAGAAGCUGGUCCUUGUCGAACUUCUGCAAGGCUUACCGAUUUCAUUCUGUUGAUUGAAAAUACAUACAAAUUGAACACUUGUGGCAAGGAUCUUGGUCAUUAGAAAUACACUAUUGAUCAAAGAGUUUCAAAAGCUGAUAGUUUAUAAGUAGUACAAACUUUAAGAACGAAAAUUUUAUCUUAUUCGGUUGAACUAUCCAAAUAAAUAUAUUUCGGGACUAUUCAAUUAAAUAUAUUUUCGAAAGUUUUUUCAGUUCGCAUGAGUAUUUAUGUAAUUUUAUACAAUCAAGUAAUUAUUUGGAUAUUAGAUAUAUUAAAUUUUAUCCACUGACAAUUUCGUUUGGUAACAUACAAAUGCUUAAUCAAGAGAUCUUCCUUGAAAUUGGAGUGGAUUAAGCAUCAAGGUUCCGUUUUGUUUUCUUCUUUCAGAUUUGACAAACUCUAUCUGAAUUGGUUGUAUACCCAAACACCCUAAGAUGACAACACUUCAACUUGUAAUCCUAUUUUGGGUAUAUUUAUAGAGCUUAGUAUCCUGCUAAACUAGUGUUUUAUUAAAUCAGGGAAUCAAAAACUCCAUAAAAACCAAUAUUGACAUUGGUUUAAGGUUUUAAACCCUACCCAAUUGACAAAAUUAAUUGAAGGAAAAAAGAAAAAACUAUACGGAUCAAUCCCCUUCUUAUUAUUAUUAUUUUUUAAUAAAGAAAGGAUUAAAGAUGUUGGCUGAAGAACCAUUCAAGAGAAAAAGAGUAGACUCAAACCCAAGACCCACAAGCAUAUAUGAUAUAUACUUCUGUCUACUAAAGCUGUUGCAGAUCUUAAUUUGAACCUUGCCAGCAUAUCAAAACACGACGUGGCUAAAAAAACAUGUCAGCGAAGAGCUGAAAAGAUAAGAAUUGAUCU